AUGGCGCCUCUCAUUGAUGAUGCCGACUACAAUGUCGGCGAAACGUUUGGGAAUGUACCAAGUCAAUGGCCGAAUGCUGAAAAUCACGAAUAUUGGAGGGCAGAGGACACGGGACUAGUUACGCUCCACAAUGUCUCCUUGACUCUCGGAACAAGUUGCCAAAACAUGGUCGAAUCAACACUACGAAGCUAA